AUGGCCGGCAUGAACCGUUCCGAGCAGGAGCACCUGUACCGCCAGUCGCGGGAGGUGAUCGUGCGCGCGUCUGCGGCGUCGGGCGACUCGCCGUCGUCCAAGGAGGACCUGGUGCUGAGCGUGCUCAAGUCGCCGCUGCUGCCGCCGCGCGCGCAGAACCACCGGGGGUCGUCGUCGGGCGGUGGGGCGGAGCCCGGGGAGGUGGAGGUCGUCGAGGACCCAUGCGGGUCGGGCGGGCGCCUCGCCUUCCUGGGCCAGCAGCUGCGGAGGUUCCGGCAGCCGCGGGUGCCGCGCUUCGGCGAGGCGCACCACAAGCGCGUGCCCACGCCCAUCAAGAAGCGGCGCGGCGAGCACCGCUACGGCCGCGCCAAGAGCGACGACCUGGACGGCGACAUCGACGACCCGGUGGACGACGACGACGACGACGACGAAGAGGCCGCGGACGUGGUAGAGACGGUGCCGAGCGGCAAGCGGGGGUCGCGCCAGCCGCCCGGGGUGCCCGACCCCUACUACCCCAUCUACCUGCCCAUCGACCAGGCGUUCAAGGCCAAGUACGUGUUCCACCACAAGAAGGGCAAGACGUUCCAGGAGCGCGUCUACGUGUUCCUGGAGCACCCCGGCGGGUGGAUAUGCUUCGUUUACCACUUCACUGUGUUCAUGCUUGUCCUGGUUUGCCUUAUCUUCAGCGUUCUUUCCACUAUAGACAGUUAUUCUAACUUCGCCAACGAGACCCUCUUCUGGAUGGAAAUUUGCCUUGUAGUGUUCUUCGGUGUAGAAUACCUAGUGAGACUGUGGUCUGCCGGCUGCCGGUCUAAAUAUAUGGGCUUCUGUGGAAGACUGAGGUUCAUCAGGAAACCUAUUUGUAUAAUAGACCUGAUCGUGGUGGUGGCCUCCAUCGUGGUGCUCACGGUGGGUUCGAACGGCCAGGUGUUCGCCACGUCCGCCAUCCGCGGCAUCCGCUUCCUGCAGAUCCUGCGGAUGCUGCACGUGGACCGCCAGGGCGGCACGUGGCGCCUGCUGGGAUCCGUCGUCUUCAUCCACCGCCAGGAGCUGAUCACGACGCUGUACAUCGGGUUCCUGGGGCUCAUCUUCAGCAGCUACUUCGUGUACCUGGCGGAGAAGGACGACGGCAAGUCGGACUUCGCGAGCUACGCCGACGCGCUGUGGUGGGGCGUGAUCACAGUCACAACAAUUGGCUAUGGAGACACUGUGCCUAAAACAUGGAUGGGCAAGAUAGUCGCGUCUUGCUUCAGCGUGUUUGCCAUAUCGUUCUUCGCUCUGCCUGCUGGCAUCCUGGGCUCGGGCUUCGCGCUCAAGGUGCAGCAGAAGCAGCGGCAGAAGCACUUCAACCGCCAGAUCCCGGCGGCCGCCAUGCUGAUCCAGUGCUUGUGGCGGUGCUACGCCGCCGACAAGUCCUUCAACAGCGCCGCCACGUGGAAGAUCUACGUGAAGGACGCCAGCCAGCCGAACCAGAGCUCCAGCACGCCGCUGGGGAAGUCCCUGAUGAUCCAGGUGGCGAAGAAGGCCAGCGUGCUGAAGAGGAGGAAGUCCAAGAACCGCAUGGAGGUGCCGAGCAACGCGCUGGAGGGCUCCGGCAACAGCAACCGCCGGGAGAGCGAGGGCGACGUCGUGUUCUACAUCGAAGAGCCCAAAGCAGGCACUCCCAACCGCGUGCGGCGGGAGGGCCGGGGGUCGCUGUUCACCAGCCAGACCAGCAGCGUCACGGAGGCCGCCUCCGACGAGAUCGACAUAGACAUGGACGAGCCGCAGCGAGUGACCACGCUGACAGAAGCACAUCGAAAUGCCAUCCGAGCAAUUCGCAAGAUAAAAUACUUCGUGGCGAGGCGGAAGUUCCAGCAGGCCCGGAAACCGUACGACGUCCGGGACGUGAUAGAGCAAUACAGCCAGGGACAUCUCAACAUGAUGGUUCGGAUAAAGGAGCUACAACGAAGGUUGGACCAGACACUCGGCAAGCCAGGCAGCUACCUCGCCGGCUUCGACAGGUCGGGCAACGUGAAGCCCAUGACCAUAGGAGCCCGACUGUACAGGGUCGAGCAGCAGUUGACUGUGAUGGACAAGAAAAUAGAUCAGCUCAUGUACGUGCUGAAUGCUGUCGCGCAAAAGCAGCAGAUCCCCAUCAGGUCGAUCGAGGACGACGUCUAGCACACGACCGUGUAAAAGGGGACUUGGGACUGCGCCCGUGGCACACGUUCCUUAAAGUUGUUCCGUCGGCAGUUCAAAGUCUCUCGGUUCGAACCUGAACGAUUCUGUCGAGACUUCUUGGUGCUCUACUCGUGCUGGACUUGUGAUUUUUAGUGCGUAAGCGUAUCGUAUCGUAAUUGUCGACACAAGUGUGAAUGACGAAACAUUUUUUUUUUUUUGCUACAUCGUGGGCGACUGUUUGGGAUGAAAAUUAAAAUAAAAAAAGACAUCAAAACGUAUAAGUAACAUGCACCUUGACCACAGAACAUUUAGCACUGUUUAGAUUUGAGAUGGGUGGGAUUUUAUUAAUGCCUAAUGAGAUUACACAUUGUAACUUUCUGUGUGAUGUCUCAACGAACAAUAGAGUUGGAUAAGAUGAAAAUUUGGAGUUCUAUUUUUAGUACUUACGAAUGCAUGUGACUUCUGUGGUAAUCAGUAUAAAAUUUUGAAGAAGAAAGUUUUUUUUUUCUUUUAACAUAUAUCUUGUCAACCUGAGCUAGCAAACAAUACAUAUAUUCCAAUUAAAUUACAAUAUUUAGAACAUAACAAAUUACUAAGACAAUACGGUAUGAAUUAUGUUUGUCUUUCAUCAGUCUUUCUAUUUUAGCAACCAUAAACAAAAAAAAAAGAAACAGAAAA